GUAAUAUUCACGUGGUUUAUUACGUAAAUUCACCUGCAAAAGACACAAACAUUAUAAAUUAAUUAAAAUUAAAAAAAAUUACAUUUAUAUUUCAUUCUUUUAAAUAAUUAAUUAAAUUUUAUUAUAAUUCUUAUUCGGGUGGAAGAUAUGAAGUUGAAGUUGAUUGAAAAUCGAUUUGUAGACAAACAGAACCGGUGGAACGCGGAAAUGAGGUAAAUCUAAGAACUUGUCAAUUUAUAUAAGGAUUCGUUCAAGUGCAAGAAGGGUGAAUGGACUCCACAACAACCACUUCAAAAAUAAAUGACUACAAAAUCAAAAUAUUCGUGAAUUACUUAAAUUUAAUGAACAAUUCUGUGGAGUAUGUGGAUGAGAGUAGAAAAUAUACGCAGAAAAGACUCGAAAUUUAAGAAGAGAAAAAAGUGCACGGAUAGUGAUGUUGUGGCCGAGUUUAAUUUUGGUUUUAUUCAUUUCUAUUAGAAAUAGUUUUGCUUAUAUCGAAUAUGUAGAAGUGAGUAACUGUGCCAGUUGUCAAAUGAUGCUCACCUGCAGACAUCUUAGUUCUGUGAUAGCAAUUUUUAACGCCACUUUUCAACCCUACGAUGAUGAAUCGUCGUUUUUCGAUGACGUGCAUAGAUUUCAAUUGUUUCCGCGCUUGGCGUUAAAUCGAAGGUGUUCAGGAGUGAAUCAUUGCAGUUUUGUGCUGACAGAAGACUGCCCGGGAGCUGCCCGAUGGGGUUCGGGUAAUUUCACUGUGAAAUUUGCAUGCGUAUCAGAUCGUCGAAUUCGACGCUACUGCAACGAUAAUAUAACCCUCCCAGGCCCAGAUGUUAUCGGCAUUUCUGAAGGCCUAAUCCGCAACCCCGGCUACCCCAAUUACUACCUCGGCAAGGAGGAGUGCCGGUGGCGUAUUCGCGCGCCCCCUUUGCAACAAAUCAAACUCACUAUCUUAGAUUUAUCACUAAUAGCAACAAAUAACGACCCGGAUGAUUGCGUCGACCUCUUCGAAGUGAAAGAAGUGGACAACUCGAUUUUCUCCUCCUGCAAUGAGCAGGAACCCCUCCGCGAGUUGAUUACGCUCAGCGACAGCGUUGAUAUUACUCUGCGUGCUUCAGAAAGUUUAGUUGCACGACGAGGUGUUCUUGUACAUUACGCCGCUGUAGGUUGUGCCACCCCUGCGUCUCCCAAAGAUGGCUACCUAGUGUAUCGAAAUGACAGCACAGCGGUCUUCACAUGCAGUGUAGGUUAUGUUUUUGCGGACACAUUGGAAAGAAAUCGAGAGAUUCAGUGUCAAGGACAUCGGUGGCAAGAGAAGCUUCCAUUAGCAAAUUGUAUAAAGCUUUCUAGCACGUUAAAAGACUUAUUCGGAAAAUCUUCCGGUGGAGUCAACAUGACAGCCAAAGAAUCAUUUUCAGAUGUGUUGGUGCCAACAAUAAUCAUCAUAAUGUUGUUUAUUAUCAAUACAAUAAUCUUGUUCUUCAUCUAUCAGUACAAAAAGAGAUAUUUUUACAGGAAAACUGCCUUAUACACUGAGGAAGAGCUUGGCACAAUGCCUGUGGGUUCAUUGGGUUAGCUGCAGAGAAUGUAAACAUAAAAUGCCUUUGAACAUUGAUAACGCGUCAAUGUUUUCUCAAUACCUAAUGCAAAAUUCGUAUGUAUGCAUUUAUGUACAAGUACAAGUAAUUCUUUACUUGCACUUUAUAGAAAACUAUAUGAAAUAUGUAAUUUUUGUACUACUUGCUCUGAUUAUUACAUAAAUGUUGAUCUUUUUAUGAGAAUUGAACCAAAUGUAUAAUAAAUUAAGAAUAUGAAUUGAA